AUGCCGACCGUUUUGAUCACGACAGGUGCCACGGUGACAUUCAGAUCUCUCUUGGAUUACGUGGUGUCACCUGAAUUUAUCGAAAAUCUCUCCAAGUUCAAGGUGUCAAGACUCAAGCUCCAGUACGGAAAUGAAAUAAAUCCUACGACAAAUGAACAUGUGAGCCGAGAUUACUUUGAAAGGUUGGUUAAACAAAGUGAAAUCGUUCUGAAGUUUCAGUUGGAUAUAAGUACGGAUAGAAAAAGCGAUACAGAUGGAUCAAUUACCUAUUCAUCAACUAAAUACGACUUUGUGUUGGAAGCGUUUCCAUUUUCGAUGGAUAUCGAUAGCCACAUCAGGCUGGCCGAUGUGGUGAUCUCUCAUGCUGGAACAGGUUCUAUUAUAGAUGCUUUGAAAUUGCACAAGAAGCUUGUUGUCAUAGUGAACGAUGCACUUAUGGACAAUCACCAGGCCGAAAUAGCCAACGAGUUUGCGAAAUUGAACUACUGUGUCAGCCACAAUGUCAACGAACUUUUUGGAACAGAAAAGCUCAUCAAUUCAGUACGUCUGCUAUUGGACGGAUCUAUCCAAUUGACUGAAUUUCCAGCUAAUAAGAAGGAGAUCGUCGAGUCCAUCAUUGCUGAAGAAUUACAGAAGGCAGUUUAG